GACCGUUGCACGCCGGGGAGAGAGAGAAGUCGCGGAAGUCCACCACAGGUUACAGGAGCUUCAAAAAGCUUAAGAUUGAAGAGGAGAUCCUCGAUAACAGGCUACUCAUCGUGGACAACGUUGAGGCUAAAACCGACGAAGCGGAUCCCCAUUUUUCCAACCAAAGGUUUUUCCACGACAAUCUCUACACGGUGAUGAAAACCAUCGUGUCGGCCAUCGACCUGUUCCACGAGACCUGCGUCGAUCUCUGGGGCGAGACGCUGCAGCGGGUGACCGGCGAAAUCGAGGUUCUCCUGGGCUACUGCAGGCGGUGGAAGCGCCC